UGCAAAGAUCUGCAAAGAUGCGGUUUCGUUAGCAACGUUACAGCUAGCUAUCUAAUUAAUAACGUCCUUGCCGGGUAUAGAUGGUACUAAAUUUAGUGUACUAUACUGUUUGAUAUUUUACCGAUCGAUUAGUUUGAAGAACAUACACAAUAUCUUAUUAAUUGUUUUCACAGGUUGUUGGAGUGAAUAUGACUUCGUAUAGGAGAAUGUAUCAAAACAGUUUUAAUUGACAAGGUGUGAACAUGAGUAAGAAUCAUGCAAGAAUAGAAAUGGACCUGGCUUUUGGAUCAGCAAAGCUUUAUGGGUCAUCUAGGAGUAUUGUUAGAAGAAUUGCCACAAACCUGCCUCUCGCCCCCUGUCCUCGUGUCCACUUUCAGCUUAAUUCUUUCACCAUUGGAGCUGCACCCCGUGUCCCAGGUACUGUGGGAGGACAAAAUGGCCUUGUAGCAUCGCUUGCCGAUGUAGGUUUUCUCGACCACAAGGAGAGUGAUGUAUCUGGCAAAAACAGGUGGGAGGCGGAGUCAGGGCUGGCGUUCCGCUCCCAGCAUUGGCAGCCCCUCAGGCGCCGGCGCUCCCUCCCCAGCUUGCAUGGGGUGGUGGGUGCCCCGCAGAGCCAGGCGCUUGUCAACGACGAGGCCAUCCAGAAGAUCAGCAUUCUGGAGAACGAGCUAGCCAAGCUCCGAGCUCAGAUCGCUCAGAUCGUCCAGACCCAGGAGCUGAGCACACAGUCUGCGGGUUUGACCUCAGCUCUAGCCCCAGGAAGCCUUCCUGUACCACCACCACCUCCUCCACCACCACCUCCUCCUCCACCUCCUCCACUUCCACCUCCAGGCCCCAGCUUGCAAAGGAGUGUUUCAGCCAUUGAUAUCAUCAAGGAGAGGCGCUGUAAGAAGGCUGGGCAGCAGACAGUGGAGUCGGAGCCUAGGCAGCCAGAGAUACCCAGCAUGUUAGACGUGCUGAAGGACAUGGGCAAAGUGAAGCUACGCUCCAUUAAGAAUCGCCCCAAGGAGGGCCACCCCAAACCCAAGACCAGCGAACCCACAGAUGCCGCCACCCUCAUUGCCGAGGCGCUGAAGCGCAAGUUUGCGCACCGCUACCGUGGCAACAGUGAGUGUGAGGGCAACUUCAGCCUCCCCCCUCAGGAAUCAAAACCUCACCCUGAGGCACCUGCAUUCGGACAACACAUGUUAAAGUCGACUGGAAAGAGGAACCUCUUCUGACUUCGGGCUUGUAAGCUGCUGUGCUGGGCUCCAGCAUUGGUUACCACCACGCUUUAUCCACUCAACUCGUGCGUGCGUGUACAUGUGCGUGUGUGUACAUACGUAGGAACAGGCACGUAGCUGCCAGUACACUAAGCAGUCAGGUUUUCCACUUGAGGCACCAGCAGCUUGUACUUAUAACCAGUGGGUGUUGCACUUUGAGGAGGUUACAUCUAAGCCAGUUCAAAACAGUUUAUUAUGCAUUUCCUCACUUAUGCCAAACCUUUCCAAAGUUUUAAGACUAAAGAAAUGUUUGAUUUAAUUGUUAUGUCAAUUUUAUUCAUGUCUUAAGAUGAAUCUGUUCAGAUUCUUGGAGGCAGUUUAUGGGCUAUUGAUAAAUACAAACCCAAGUGUGUGUAAAGUAGUCAUGGAUAUGCCUUCUAUCUAACUGAGCAAAAUAUUAUAGAACCUAUGGGAUUAGUUCAGUAUUGUUGCUCUUUGAAUGUGCCUGUAUAAAAAUGAUUGUGUGUCUACGACAAGAACAGUCACUUUUGCAAAUUUUGUCUUAGAGUUCAGAGGCACUUGGAAACUCAUUAACCUUAACUUAUAUUUUUUUUGGUUAUUUAUAUUUGGUUUUAUGCAUUAAUAAUUUUGACAUUUGGCACUAAUUUAGAAUUUUUGAAUUAUGUAGUAGCUGCUUAUUUUAAAUUGGGAAGAUAGUCCUACCUGCUACAAAUCGGGAUAUAGCAUACUUCUAAAUCAUCUGUUUAUACCUCAACAGUGCAACCUGAUUUAAUAAUGGUUUUUGUUAGCAGUUUCCCCCCAAUAUAGUCAGUGUGCAUAUGAUUUUGCUUCAUUGCCAAAUUUGGCUGAUGUACUGUAUUUUAAGCAGUCGUCCUAAAGCAGGUCCAUGGUUAGUCUAUUGGUGGCAUAAGUACAUUUUUCCUGACACACCAGAAAAUGUUCAGCUGAACUAGGUCAAAUUAUAGUAGUUCAUUAAUUCUUCAGUUAAAAAGGUUUGGGUGUAGUAGAGUUGUAUGAUUCUUGAUAUAAUAGUAACUGGACAGUGACCAACACUAAUGUACUUUUUAAAAUUAAAUUGUGGAGUUACUUUUAGCAGUUUGGCACAUUGAAUCUGACUGGUUACUCAAAAUGUUAUUAUGUAACACUAAUACAUACUAUACUGUAGAAUGUGAUUCAGUCUCAGGAAUUUCCAUAACCAUUCAAGAGACUCCAUGCAGUAUCAAAGAGAAACUAUUUUGUUAAGUGUAAGUUAAAAUGUUAAAUGUUUGAGACAAACACUAGAUAGAUGGGUAUUUUACACAAACAUUAAAAAUAAACAGGAACAAAGAUUUCUCAAUAAAAAUUGAGUUUGCUCA